CCACGAUUGGCGCUGUGGAUAACACGCGUCAACAACAGAGACACCGUGACGUCCACGCUGAGCUUCAGCGGCUACGAGCCAAACAGCGUGCCUUCCACCACAACCCCACAAAGAAGUUGGCAGGGUUAGAAGCUCACGACAUACCACUUCGACUUGGACUGGUUAUUGACAACCAAGUCACAAAGUCGCUCUCAGCACACAAAGAUAACCCCAUACACCAUUGCAUAGAUCCUGACACCAACGCGAGCACACUGUCUCGGACAUGUCCAACGUUUGACCUCGAAGACGAAGGACUAGAAGAAGAAUUUUCUUCUAGCGAUGGCGGGUAUGUUUCCGCCUGCACCGCGCGCAACUCGAAAGGUGUUUUCUCCUACGAUGACUCAGAUGAUGGUUCAGAUAUCCUUGCUGCAACUAUUGCAGCCGAGUACAACAACGACAGUGAACACGCGCCCGCAACUAGAGGCGGGGCUCACUAGCCCGCCUUCGGGGGACGAGGCCAACGACGAUGAGACCAGGAGCCAACCCCAACGGCGCGUUUCGCAAGGGGCGUCUCGCAUGGGAAGAAAGGGCGGGGAAGGGAAAGGGGAAGGCGAACCCCGAAUCCAGAAGGGGGGCAGUCAACAGGGACCAGCCCAAGGGCGGGCAGCGCCUGGCCAGUCCAUCUGGCGAGCCACACAAGAAGAAUGCACAAGUCAGAGACGAUUCUCAGACAUCAACCAGGCGCUCACGCCAACGCCGACGACUAUCCAAUUCGCGCCGCGGGCGUCACCCCUCACACAUGGCCUAACCUAGACGCGACGGUGAGUUCGUCUGCGACCUACUUCUUCCGAUCUUUUGUGCGACCGCAUGCGGAACGAGGGGCUGUUCACCACGUCUCCAUAACUUUCUUCUCGACGGUCCACCUUACUAUCUGUGCCAUAGUCACGGGUGUCCGGUGACACAACGCCAAUCCGGGCCUUCGCAUUCCUGGGAUAGCGAUAUCCUAUACCACUCUGGCCCUGUAGACCGGCCAACCUAGCCCUCUUUCCAACAUCGAGGAAGCGUGAUUCCUA